AUGGCCACCAUAAUCAUACUUACCACCACCUCUCUCCUACAAGCAAACACGCCCACCGCCAACGCCCUCUGCUACACCCUCGACGGCUCUGAUUUCCAACGACCUACCCUGCCACAGCAACGGCAGCAGCACCACCGAUACAACCCCAGCGGCGGCGAAUAUGUCAUGCUCUGCGGCGAGGAUUCAAAUGAAUAUUGCUGCUCGCAAGUGAACUGCUGCGAUGACCCCAAGGCCUCGCGAUUCACGCUUGAUGAACAGAGCAUCGUGGCAACGGCUGGCCAAACGCCGCCGCCGCCGCCGCCGCCGCCGCCCACGACGAUGACGACGACGACAACGACGACGACGGGGAGUAGUAGCGCGCCCACUACCAGUACCACGCUCGCUACCAGUACCACUACGACGCCUGCGCCAAGUACCGGAACCGAAACGAAAACUAAAACAGAAACUGGAACUGGAACCUCCGCUUCGAGAUCGGGGACCAGACUACCCGCAUCGACGUCUUCGGUAAUAUUGGUAGCGGGAGCGAGAGCGGGAGCGGGAGCUCGAGUUCAAGAACAACCGCAAUCGGUGCUGGAGUUGGUGUGGGAGUUGGCGUAGUCCUUUUCGGUGCGGCUGGGUGGAUCUUCUUCUGGAGACGACGGAAGACGAGACUGGGCCCGCUCGCUGAAGAACAGGAUUCCAUGAAGCAAGGGACUGGUUAUUCGCUGGUGCCUCCGCGGUUAAUAUCGGAGAUGCAUGGUGAAGGGAAACAGAUUAGUGAGAUGGAAGGGUAGCUGUAGCGGUUCGUUAAAGUAGUUGAGUUCAAGAGACUUUGGCAGACAAAGCUAUGCUUUUUGAUGUUUUUUUUUAUCAAUUUUCGGCCACUUCAAUAUAUGUAAGAAUAUCAUCAAUUGGCAAAGAAAUUUUAAGAGAAG